AUGGUGAGCGCACCCUGGAGCCGCAAACGGGUCUAUCGGUGCGGAGGGAGCGGCGGCAGAAUGGACGACGGAGGCAGCAACAAGCAGCGUCAGGCCACGAGGGUCUUCAAGAAAAGCUCGCCCAAUGGCAAGAUCACAGUUUACUUAGGGAAGAGGGACUUUGUAGACCAUAUCACACAUGUAGACCCGAUUGAUGGCGUGGUGCUCAUCGAUCCUGAGUACGUGAAGGAGCGGAAGGUGUUCGGGCACGUGCUCGCCGCUUUCCGAUAUGGACGCGAGGACCUCGACGUCCUGGGGCUCACCUUCCGCAAGGACCUCUAUCUGGCCGCUGAACAGAUCUACCCGGUGACGUCCGCCCCCAAGCGGCCCCUCACGCGUCUGCAGGAGCGGCUCGUGCGCAAGCUGGGCCCGGCCGCGCACCCGUUCUACUUCGAGCUGCCGCCCCACUGCCCCGCCUCGGUGACCCUGCAGCCGGCGCCCGGCGACACGGGCAAGCCCUGCGGCGUGGACUACGAGCUGAAGGCCUUCGUCGCCGACUCACAGGACGACAAGCCGCACAAGAGAAACUCGGUGCGGCUCGCGAUCAGGAAGAUAAUGUACGCGCCCAGCAAGCAGGGGGAGCAACCCUCCGUCGAGGUUUCCAAGGAGUUCAUGAUGAGCCCAAACAAGAUGUACCUGGAGGCGUCACUCGACAAGGAGCUGUACCACCACGGCGAGAAUAUCGCCGUGAACGUGCACAUCGCUAACAACUCGAACCGCUCCGUGAAGCGGAUCAAGGUGUCCGUGCGCCAGUUCGCGGACAUCUGCCUCUUCUCCACCGCCCAGUACAAGUGCACUGUCGCAGAGGCCGAGUCCGAAGAGGGGUGCCCCGUCGGCCCUGGCUUUACACUGAGCAAGGUGUUCACGCUGACGCCGCUGCUCGCCAACAACAAGGACAAGUGGGGGCUCGCGCUCGACGGCCAGCUCAAGCACGAGGACACGAACCUGGCCUCCAGUACGCUGAUCGCGGAUCCAUCCCAACGGGAGAACUUAGGUAUUAUUGUGCAGUACAAGGUCAAAGUGAAACUUUGCCUCGGUCCACUUGGCGGCGACCUGAGCGCCGAGCUGCCGUUCAUCCUGAUGCACCCGAAGCCGGAGGAGGAGGCGCCCCGCGCCGCGCCCGACCCCGCGCCCCACCAGGACCACGACCUCAUACAGCUCGAUCCCCACCCGGACGAGAACGGACAGGAGCACGACGACGACAUUAUAUUCGAAGACUUCGCGCGGCUGCGGCUGAAGGGCGCCGACGCAGAGGCC